AUAGACUACUAGUACGACUGUGAGCUGUCUAGCAAGUUCCCAAGCCAAGCUUGCCCAACAGCAUGUCACAAGCAAAGCUCAUCCUCGCAACGGUGACGGCACUUCAGCUCCUCAUGGCGACAGCCGUCGCCGCCGUCCAGGUAGCCUUACCUGGGUGCCCGCAGGCCUGCGGCAACGUCACCGUCCCCUACCCUUUCGGCUUCCGGCGAGGCUGCUUUCGCAAGGGCUUCAACCUCACCUGCGACGAGACGCGCCAUCCACCAAAGCUGCUCCUGGGCGACGGCGUGGAGGUGGACGCCAUCUCCCUGGCGGACGGCACGGUGCAUGUCCAGACCAAGGUCGUGGCAUUCCGACCACUUUACACAAACGGUGCCGUCGGCGCGAGGAGAUCUAUCGACUACAACUACUCGUGGUACGGCGGCCUGCCGGAAGUGUACAAGAGCGGCGCGCAGCUCGCGGUGUCCACGGAGCACAACGUCUUUGUGGCCAUCGGGUGCAACUUCAUCGGCUACCUCGUCGCAGUCAGCGAUGGGGGGCGCGAGUAUGUCAGCACGUGCUCCACGCUGUGCAACGGGAAAACCCGGGACGCCUUGUGCACGGGCGUCGGCUGCUGCUGGACGACCAUCGCGCAGCGCUACCCCGGGUACCAGGUAAUGUUCAAGGAUUUGGACGAUACGGUGACAGCGUACACGGGCCAAAGCCGUGCGUCGGUGGCCGCGUUCAUAGUCGAUCGCGAGUGGUUCGUAGGCACCAUGCAGAACACUGUCAGCUUCAAUGAUUUCGUCAAUGAUGAUUUCGGUAACGGUCCGUCCAGCAUGCCCACCGUUCUGCAAUGGUGGCUAGACGUAGAUAGCGACCGUGACUUGGUCGUGAAGGAUCCACGUUCUGCAUCUCGUUGGAGAUGCAUAAGCUCCAACAGCUUCGCUGCCUACAUCGGCGACGCAGUGAACAAAGUAAGGUGCAACUGCUCGGAUGGAUACGAAGGCAACUCGUACAUCGUUGACGGAUGUCAAGAUAUCGAUGAGUGCUUACGACCAGAUGUUUAUCCCUGCCAUGGAACAUGCAUCAAUAUGCCAGGGACAUACCGAUGCUCAGCAAAGAAAAGAAUCAUCAGCUUAGCAGGUCUAAUUACCAUAAUAGCAAUUGUUGCUGGUUUUGGCCUACUAUUUUCACUCCUAGGUGUUGCCCAAGUCACAAAAAAACUCAAGAAACGAAGAGCCAAGAAGACCAGACAAAAAUUCUUUAAGAAAAACCAUGGACUGCUUCUGCAACAGUUAAUCUCUUCGAACAAAGAUAUAGCCGAAAAGAUGAAGAUUUUUAGCUUAGAAGAGCUAGAACAAGCAACCAACAAAUUUGAUCAUAAUCGGAUACUUGGCGGCGGUGGGCAUGGCACAGUGUAUAAAGCCAUCUUAUCUGAUCAACGUGUCGUGGCCAUCAAGAAGGCCAAAAUUGUUGUGCAGAGGGAAAUCGACCAGUUUAUAAAUGAGGUUGCCAUACUUUCACAGAUAAACCAUAGGAAUGUGGUGAAACUUUUUGGUUGUUGUCUCGAGACAGAAGUUCCUCUAUUAGUUUAUGAGUUCAUAUCGAAUGGAACUCUCUCUUGUCAUCUCCAUGGCCAAAGUGAGAACCAUUUGUCAUGGAAAACUCGAUUGAGGAUAGCAUUGGAAACUGCAAGGGCCAUUGCAUAUCUACACUCUGCUGCUUCAAUAUCAGUAUACCACAGAGAUAUCAAAUGUGCCAAUAUUCUACUUACUGAUACUUUAACAUCAAAAGUAUCGGAUUUUGGAGCUUCAAGGUCAAUUGCAAUAGACGAGACAGGAAUACUUACAGCUGUUCAAGGAACCCAUGGUUACCUUGAUCCUGAAUACUACUACACUAGUCGACUCACGGAGAAAAGCGAUGUUUACAGCUUUGGUGUCAUCCUAGCAGAGUUACUGACAAGGGUGACACCAGUUUUUCAUUCCCAUUCGUCAGAAGUCACAAGCCUAGCAUCGCAUUUUGUGUCUCUUAUAAGGGACAAUCGAUUAUUAGAUAUUCUGGAUACAAAAAUUGUUGAGGAGGGAGGGGCUGAAGAUGCUGAGGUGGUUGCAAGACUGGCAGAAGCAUGCUUAAGUUUAAAAGGUGAAGAAAGGCCUACAAUGAGACAAGUGGAGACAACGCUUGAGGAUGUUCAGAACUCAACAGUCAAUCUUAGUUCUCAGAUCACAAGAGUGAACCAGAAUGCUAUAAAUGAUCAGUCAUACAAGGGAAGCAAAGGCGGAGAAGGAACCAGACUGUACAGCUUGGAAAAAGAGUUCAUCCAAUCAUCUGAAAUUCCAAGAUGAUUUUCCUUACAUUGUGAAGUGUUAUUGCCAUUAUUAGUUUGGGCGCCAAUUUGGAACUCUGAAUUAUAACCACUCGGGGUCAUGUAUAACUCUGUAUGUGAAAGUAAAUAAAUUUAUCCCGGAUACACUGUUUACAGUUAAAACAUCGAGUUCUUGAUACUGAGUGUCAAAACCUUGCGAGAAUAUACGUUGACAGGUAUCU